GUUUUUAGGAAUUCAAAAAAAACUGCUAUAAUCUUCCCAUAAAAUGUUGCAAGCAAUGCAAAUAAAAACAAACAACAUGCUGGUCUUAAAAAAUAUAAUUUAUCAAAGUUAUUCAAAUUAUAAAGGUUCCUUGAGCGUUUUAAGUCAUUCUCGUGAAUUUUUUGCUCAUUUUUCUACAUCCAAAGUUAGUGCAGCGACUUUGAAAGUUAAAUUAGACAAUGAUACAGAAAAACAAAUUAUGGAAAAACAGAUUAAGCCUCGCAAACAUAAAGGAAUUUGUAAAACUCCUCCUAUUUCAAUACCAGAAAGAAUAGUGAAAGCAAUGCCAAAAGUUAUUGGCGAUUUCCCAAUGAAAACAUUAUGCGACAAUAGUGCAGUCCUUGAUCGAUAUAUAAAAUGUCGUAAAGCUCCAAUAGAAGAAGCAAACAUGAAACAAAGAAUUAAAGAAAUUGAAGAACUUGUCCUAGCAGAUCCAAUAAAAUAUAAACUUCCAAAAUUUCCACAAAAUGAUGACGAUAAUAAUGCUUUAAAAUUGUUUCAUUCACGAAAGAAUCAGACAGUCAAAGCAAUUGUAAAGCAACGAAUUUAUAGUUGGAAAGCAAUAAAUUAUGACGAUCAUCAGUCACUUCUAUAUCUUUUCGGACGGUCAGCUCAAGAGUAUGCAGCAAUUAUGAAAAUAUUCAUAGAAAUUCUUAAACGUGAACCAGAUUUUAUGCCACAAAGCUUUUUCGAUUUUGGUUCAGGUGUUGGAACUGGUGCAUGGGCAGCGCAUGAAUUAUGGAGAUCAUCACUACAUGAAUACUAUUGCGUUGAUGCUUCUGCUGCUAUGAAUAAUCUCGCUGAUCUUCUUCUUCGGGAUGGCGAUAUGAACAAAACGUUACAACUAAAAAAUAUUUAUUUUCGACAAUUUCUUCCCGCUUCAAAUAACUUGUAUGAUAUCGUCUUGUCAGCUUACUCGAUGUUUGAGCUUCCAGACUUAAGAAAACGCUUAGAAGUUGCCAAAAAUCUUUACAAAAAAUCCGCGAAUUAUCUUGUUUUCGUAGAAGUUGGAACAUAUGCAGGUUUUCAAGUUCUUAGUGAGAUCCGGGAAUACUUAGUAAAAUCAAUGAAAAUUAAUGAAGAUGAUGCUUUCAUUUUUUCUCCAUGUCCACAUGAAAGUUCAUGCCCUAGACUUGCUUUACACGAUAACACGCCAUGCAACUUCAGUGUUGCAUACCAAAGCCUCCCAUUUUCUGGUCCUUCACUUCUAAAGUCAGACGUCUACAGUUAUCUCGUCAUCAAAAAAGGAAAACUAAUGGAAUCUAAGCGUUGGCCAAGAAUUGUUCGGUCUCCAUUAAUUCGUCAUAGGCACGUUGUUUGUCGAAUGUGCACUGAAAAUGGAAAAAUUGAAGAAGGUAUUUUCACUCCAACUAAACAUGGAAAAGCUGUUUACAAAUGUGCUAAAGCUUCACAAUGGGGUGAUAGAUUACCAGUUCAGAUCAUGGAAUCUGACGAAUCUUUUGAACCUGAUGAAACAUCGAAAAAUAAUGAAUAAUUAAAAGAAUUAAGUUUUUGUUUCCUAAAAGCAGAGUAAAUGAUAAUUUUAUUUCUUUGUCCAUCAAACCGAAAAAUAAACAUUUUAGUUAAACAUAUUUCUUUUGUUAGUAUUUCGCUAAUGUUAUAAUCAUUUUGUUCUUGUUCAUAAAUGUAAACUAAACAGCAAUCAUAUAAUUCCAUCUUUAUGGCUGGAUUCAUUACUUUUUCUUUUCACUACUUUCUUUCUCUGGUUUACGAAAUAGAAUAUAGAAGACAUAUGUGUGAAGAAUUAAAUGGUUUUAAAAAAUAAAUGUUU